AUGUUUCCACUUGAUGUGUCCACCAAAAUGCCCGAUCCAACACUUAUUCGACAUUCGGAUUUUGGCAUGGAACUACUAAAGAAUUUGCAUCCUACGAUCACCAAACGAUCGGAUAUGAACAGAAAUAGACUGAUCGAAAUGGGUCAGAAAUUCGGGGCGUUUGGAAACAAUCAAUAUUCCGAAGGGAGUUUCCCUACCAGUGUGAAUACAAAUAGCAUUGUAUUGCCAACCAAUCCUUUGUUUUCGACAAACGGAAAUUCAUUCCCAACAGUUCCGUUGCUUUUUGGGGCCGGGUUGAAGCUUCCAUUUGAUCUGGACUGUAAGUUUGUCCCGUCCCGCAUAGUUCGAACUGCACCGAAUGACGGCAUGGUCACAGAAGCGAUCAGUAGCAAGUUACCAUCGGUCUUCAACCCUGGUAGCUCAAUGAACGAAGCAGGUUCGUUGGCUUCCAGUUUGAUGGAACAGGCUUUGCAAGGGAAUGCUUGUAUCCCUUUUCCACAUACGGAAUCUGACAGUUCUUCCAGCUUGUUAGAAUGCGGUGAAUCGAUGAAUGCGCCGGGUAAGAUGAACCGAGGUAAUCGCAACUCACUAUCGUGGCACGAGUCUGGUCAAAGGCGGUCGGAAUCUGCGACUUCAUCGCCCAGUGAAAUGUGUGGCACGAAAUCCACUGAACCCGAUAUUCCAAUGGAUCUUUCACUCCGUUCAGGUACACGGGAUGACGAGGAAACAGAAGUAACGUCAUCUAGUCCUGGAGUCAUAAAAUUUCAGCCCAAGAUGGGGAUGGACAGACAAAGUCGGUCCUUCGAGAUUGGGCAGCUGUGUCCUGAACUAGCCAGCUCCUCAGUAACAAGACCCUUGAAUAACAAGCAAAACUCUGAUUCCUACGGUUAUUCCAUGCUGCCGUAUUCCUUCGAACGAGCUCAAUCCAACCUUCUUGAAGAUACACAGAAUUGUGGCGACAGACGUGAUCUCACUGCAAUAGAUUCGUCGUUGUUUGCUUCCACUCCACUUCGAACAUUUGAUGUAAACGUCCUUGCCACAAGGUCACGUGGGAUGAUCGAUUCGACCACGCUGAAAUGCGGCGACGACUUUACCAGCCUUGUCAGUACCAUGAAACCGUGUCUCAACAACGUCUGUGAUUCUAUACCUAGCCCAGUGAAUCGUCAGUUAAAGGUUGAUGCUGACGGUACGGUAACUACUCCAUUAGUAGCUAACGCAUCUCGACGUCGACCACGAUGGAAUCCCACUUCGAACGCGAUCGAGGAAUGUGAACAAAUGAUUUUGUCUGAAGCCGUGAUGGAUCCGAUUGUUUCCAGUCUGUUGGAAAUUCCUAUGAAUCGAUUUUCCACUUCACCCGCGGGAGUACCAUCCGACUUCGAAACAACAAAACCAAGGAGUUCAUUUUCUGUAGCUCAUUUGACUGAAAUGUAA